UAUGUUGUCGAAUGGUGCAGACCAGAAGCUUCAGUCUCAGCACAACUCAUAGUAACCGCUAAACGUACACUACUCGACGGUGCUACAAGAAUACUGCACUGUGGCUGUGUGUAUAUUUCCUAGUUUACCGCUGGAGCGGGGGGAGAUGCAACCGAGCGGCCUACAAGCGCCCUACCCUGCCUCCGCCAUGCCGAGUAUAUCAAACGGGCCAGGAUUAGGCAUGGUACCCACCCUGUUCGGCGACCACCAGAACUAUUACCGUCAUGCUGGAGGAUAUACCGGCAUGUCCAUGGGUGGAAUGUCAAUGUACGGCCAUGAUCAGUAUUCGGCGGUGUCGAGACCGUCGCCGUAUUCCCCCUACACGCCCCAGCACCACACAUCCAAGGACAUGGUGAAGCCCCCGUACUCCUACAUCGCUCUCAUUGCGAUGGCCAUCCAGAGCCAGCCGGACAAGAAGAUCACGUUAAAUGGGAUAUAUCAGUUUAUCAUGGACCGUUUUCCCUUUUACAGGGAAAAUAAACAAGGCUGGCAGAACAGCAUUCGUCAUAACCUGUCGCUGAACGAGUGUUUCGUCAAGAUUCCCCGGGAUGACAAGAAACCCGGCAAAGGCAGUUACUGGACACUGGAUCCCGACAGUUACAACAUGUUCGACAACGGCAGUUACCUACGACGACGUCGACGCUUCAAGAAGAACGGCAUGGGGAAGGAUAAGGACAACCAAGACAAGAAUGGACGUGAGUCAGAUAAGGACAAAAUGAAAGAUGGCGAUUCGGAGGACAACAAUGGAGAUCUCCAUAAUUCCAGCAACUCGGACGCUUCGGACGUUCCGGAGAAGAUUGUGGAAGUUAAGGAGCCGAUCCCCGUGAAAUGUCCGUCUCCUCCAGUGCUAAGUGCUAAACUAGAACCUAUGGACUCGCCCAAGAGCGACUGUUUGUCGGUAAGAACGGCCACUACUAACUCUUUACCCAUUCCACCGGACCCCGCGAUGACCCUUGACUCAACUACCUCUAGUUUCUCUGUCGAGAAUCUAAUGACGACGUCCCACACGACGCCCAACUGCGACAAUCUCGGGGUCGCCAGCAACUUCGCUACCAGCCGACCACCCCCUCUUGUCUCCCCCCAAGUACUACCGUACACCCGGUCAUCUGACCUGUACCGAAACACGGCCCCGUGUACACAGAACGCGGCGUCAUCACCUUAUAACUACCACUGCAAUGCCCAGCCAGUGUUUCCAAACCACAGCGCUGGGGCCACGGGACAACAUAUGUCUAUUGCCCCCACCCCAUCGCCAGGGGAGGAGGUGGCGGGGAGUCACUCCCCUCACACCACCCUACCCCAGACAAACGGACUAAACCCAAGUGUGUUUUCUGUGUCUCAAGCGGGAACGUACAAUCGCCCUAGUAGCUGGUAUAUGGCACCCCCGCCCUCGGAAAUCAACCACGGAACGGACUUUUCCAGUUCGCCAUUUGCCAAUGUUCGGGACAUGUUUGAUUCUCAUAGACUUUUGACAGCCCAGGCAGCAGGGCAGUCCCAAUCCCCAUCAAGCUGUCAACUUGCAGCGUUUCGGGCUCCAUACAAAACAAGUAGUCCGUAUGCCUACGACUGUUAAUACAAUCUCGGCUAUUAUUCCAACCAAAGACUCAGACUUAUCCCCAGGUUGAAGGGAUCUGGCAUUUUCACACAGGACUUUUAGGUUCUCACAAAAAAGUGACAGUUGUUUUCACUGAAAUCUGUUAUAAAUAUUCUAGGAUUUCAAGCAAAAAUUGCAAAGAUUUUUUUCCUAAACAGAUGUGCUCAUACGGAUCUGCAAUUGUGACGAAAAACUUUUAAAACAUUCUCGUGGACUUUCUGUCACAUGUUGUGGGCAUGGCACUAAUUAGCCUACCACAGGUCCACACUCAAUUUGUAAAUUAUUCGUUAGGAUGGAUCGGCUGUCCUAUUAAGGUAGGAACACUUUUGUUGAAUCAGUCAGUGCUUUUUUAACGUUGUGUAAACGUUUCCAUGUUUUAUGUCAAACAAUGUUAUUGUGGAAAACAAUAUGGGCUAUUUCAGCUAACUGUACAAUGUCAUGAAUGAAUAUAAAUAUUCGGCUGUCUAGCCUCUAGAGAAA